AUGACAAUGGAGAGUCAUUUACGAAAAGAACAGCGAAAAUCUCUUGCUUCAAGGAGGAACCUGGAGUGGCUGCAUUUGGAAUUGAGUAAAAUUAAUGCAGGUGUUCAGUUUGCACCGGGGGAGGGAAUUAACGGAACUUGGGGUGUUCCUAGGUAUGGAAUUGGAGAAGAAGUUCAUGACCUAACAGAAGCUUAUGCUACUGAGUAUAAGCAAGGAAAUAAUUCAGUUUUCAAUUACCCCAAUGAGGAACCGGUGAUUGACAUGCAGUUUCCUGCCACUGGAGGCAAACCUGAACCACUUUUGAAACCGUUUAUCUGCAAUGUGUCUGCACCAAAAUCCAGUGAUAACCAUCCUGGUGAAGGUUUCUGUAGCAGUGCCUCAGAAAUUUCCAAUGGAAAAGGAUUUGGGACAGAUGCGCCACAGAAUCCUGGUGACGAGGAGAAUUCUGAAGAGGCAAGCCUGAUGGCAUCUUUUGUGCAAGAGUUUCCCAUUAUGAGAAUUAAAGUGGCACGUGAGAGUGAUGAACAGCCAGUUUUUUCUUUGCCAAAAGUGAAAGUUGAGAGUGUGAGAAGGCAAACAAAUGAGAGCAAGCAAAGCUGA